CUUUAACUAGAGAAACCGGGAGACUACUAUCAUGGCAAGAAAGCCCCUGCUUCACUACUUCAAUGGAAGGGGCAGAAUGGAGUCCAUUCGGUGGCUGUUGGCCGCUGCUGGAGAAGAGUUUGAUGAGAAAUUUAUGGAAACUGCAGAGGAUUUGGACAAGUUAAGAAAUGAUGGGAGUUUGAUGUACCAGCAAGUGCCCAUGGUUGAGAUUGAUGGGAUGAAGCUGGUGCAGACCAGAGCCAUUCUCAACUAUGUUGCCAACAAACACAACCUGUAUGGGAAAGACAUGAAAGAGAGAGCCCUGAUUGAUAUGUAUACAGAAGGUGUGGCCGAUUUGUAUGAAUUGGUCUUAUUACUGCCGCUGUGUCCCCCAGAGCAAAAAGAUGCCAAGGUUGACUUCAUCAAAGAGAAAAUCAGAACCCGCUACUUUCCUGCCUUUGAAAAAGUGUUGAAGAGCCACGGACAAGACUACCUUGUUGGCAACAGGCUGAGCAAGGCUGACAUUCUCCUGGUUGAACUUCUCUACAAUGUGGAAGAGCUCGACCCCAGUGCGAUCGCCAGCUUCCCUCUGCUGAAGGCCCUGAAAACCAGAAUCAGCAGCCUCCCCACUGUGAAGAAGUUUCUGCAGCCUGGUAGCCAGAGGAAGCCUCCUAUGGAUGAGAAAAAUUUAGAAAAAGCAAAGAAGAUUUUCAAGAUACCAUAAAGGAGCAAUAUGCUAGGUUCACACACACAAAUCUGUAGUUUUGCAGCAAUAUCUUCACUUAAUUGCCAAUCAUGGCUAUUGUGAGCUAUAUGCUAGUGAAAUAAACUCUUCUGAGCUAGCUGAGUUAAAAUUUAUUUCUUUUCAUUAGAAUCUAAUAUGAAAUCAGAUUCCCAGUCUUCUGAUAUGUCUCUUUCUUGGAAUAAAAAAUGAA